GGAUGUGUUGCCUAGGAACAAAACUCAAACUUUCUGUUCGGACAUUUCCUGUGAACUUUUCUUUGUUAUUAUACUUGUGGGGUGUGUUUUAAAAAAAACUUACUCGGAAUACUAUUACAGGAUUACGGGAUGAGUGCUGGACGACCGUCAGAGGGUGCGGGUUGUGUUACCUGGUGGGGCUUCAGUCCGGCCCAGAAUCUGCUCGGUCUGGGUUCUGUGAGAUCUGAGGGAGAAUUCAACGUUUUACUGGUCGGCAGUGCAGAUCCAAGACAUAUUUUGAAGACUAUUGCUGGUUUGCAUGACAAACAAAGUCUUCAUGUGUGGGUGAUAGAAAACAGCAUGGAGGUGGUGGCCAGGCAGCUGCUGCUCCUCUACUUAUCGCUUGUGACGAACAAAGUGAUGGGCAUUAACGAGAAGACAGAAGUUUUUCUGGAGGUUUUUGGAAACUGCGAAAUUCGGAGUCAGACAAAGGAAACUCUGCAACGAGCAGCAUCACAGCUCUCCCUGUCUGUUACUGAAACACUGGAGGCUGCCACACAUGCCUGCCUGAACACAACUCUUCUCAAGUUCAAGGAGCGAGAUGAACUAGUCCGGAUAUUCAACUUGUGGRACCAGUCUUCUGAGGGUCCUGCUCCCAUCAGGAUGUCUAAAGUCUGGGAUUAUCGCAUCAGGCAGCAUCUCGGUACCCGUUAUGACUCCAGGAAUGGCUCUUUUGACUGGGAUCUUAAAAUGAAGCUGCAUACAAAAGGGUGUAGCAUCAUUAACAAACAACAAUAUGUCCAAUGGAGAGAGCAGGGACUGGCGUUUGAGCUGAGGGAAGGUGUUUACCAAAUAACCAAUCCAACUUUGCUUUCUUCUAAGGGGUUUAAUCAGAGGGGAGACAAAGUUGCAUUCAGAGGCUACUGGGGAGACAUUGUUUCCAGUCCUUAUCUCUCUUUUGGCAUUGAAACAGAUGACAAGAGCCUGCUGAAGAAACAGAACAAGCAGCACAUCAAAACMGCUCAGGACGUCUCCUUCGCAAACGUCCAAGGAUUGUUCCAGUCCCUGUCCAGCAGACGGGGCUGCCUCGCUGCUCCUCAGUCCGACUCAGAGGCACAAGCUGAGCAGAAAUCUGCCAGCUUUAAUGAUUUGAUGCGGCUGAAUGGAGUCUCUGUAACGUUCCUCCCUUCGGACUCGCUUCGCAAGCUGCCAGAGAAACAGAAAUACUCUCAUUACUUCCACACUAUUUACUUCUCUGCCAGCUGCGUGCACCAGUUGGGCCCCGCGAUGAGACAGAUUGCAGCGCCAGACGCCGUGCUCGUCGUGGAGUUGGCCAAAUACAUCUUGGAUCUCAACAAAGAGCAAGAAGCAGAUCUUGCGAAAAAAGUGUCAAGCAUGGCUGCAGAGGCUGGAUUCAAACCCUGGCAUGAGGAGAACUGUGAUGAUGUUCAUGCAGUUUUUAUCCAGCAGACCUGAAGAUUGUAUCACAGCUUUUCAUUUUUAUCCUUUGAAGCUGUUUAAAAACACCACGACAACUGGUAUGUUAACAAUAUGCUUUUUUAAGCUUUUGUAAAAUUUAUAAAGAUUUACUUUAGGAGAGACAGUUGAGAUAUGUAGACAGAUUUAUUGUGUUUCUGUCCUCAGAAAGAAGUCAGCCAAUGAAACUAACUAAUCUGAAUAAAUUUCCAGUGUUUAA